AUGGCCCGUACCCUGUUUGUAAUCUCUGCCUUGGCGAUGCUGGUGGGAGCUGUCCAGGUCAAUGCGGAUGAGCUGCCUCACUACGUCACACAGAAGAGCUUCAACGAGGCACAGGCUGAGUGCGCCGUGUAUCUAGGUGUCGCUCAGGAUGAUCUUCAGCGCUACGUCAACAACGGAUACCCGGACGAGGACGUCGUCCGCUGUCUGCUGCGCUGUGUGGCCUUCAACCUGCGCUUCUGGAACCGCACCACCGGACUGCAGGAGUCCCAUUUGGCGAGCCUCUUCGUGCCAUACCCGAACGACUUCCACAACGUGGAGCGCACGGAGGCGUGCCUGGCCCGUAACCAGUACACCUGCGACGAUGACCUCUGCACGCAGGUGUACAAGGCGUUCCAGUGUUACUACCAGAACUACGGUACACUGAGCGAGUGCCCGCAGUUCGUCGUGUCCACCUACCGGGAGGAUCUGCAGGUGGCGUACGACGUUUUCGGAAUGCUGUACGUUUCCAGCCCCGGUCUCCAGUAUCUGGCCGGUGGAUGCUUCCCCAAGGACGAGGAGGCGCUGUGCUUCUUCAGAACGUUCAACCUGCGCGAAGGACUGUACGACGAUAACAGCGGCUGGAACUUGGAGCGUCUGUACCUCCAGUACAACGAGGACGUGUUCCUGCCAAGCAACGCUCUCACCGUCAGCUGUCUGUCGAACCAGCAGAAGCUUGCCUGCAAAAAGAGCAACUGCCAGCAGGCCUGGGACUCGUUCAAGGCGUGCUUCGGGGAGUCGCAAGCGUUCAGCUACCAGGUCAACCAGGUGUUUGUGGAUGCUGCCAAGAACGUUCUCGGACAGCCCGUGUGCUACUGCAACAAGGCAGUGAA